AUGAUGCUGCCAAUUCUGCUGCUGCUGCUGCUCAGUCCUGCUUUGGCCUGGAUUCCGGUGCAUGAUUGGGAGUCUGGCAAUGUGACUACAUCAGUGGGUGAGUCAGGUCAGUGUGUUUGUCACGUGUAUCUGCCUGAAACCACCUUCCCUGCCGACCGGGUUCAGAACAUGCAGCAAGUCAGCAAGGAUCUAAUCCUGGAGGUGGACAUUCAGAUGAACAAGAUGGUGAGCUAUGAGGGUAUGUUGGAGGUCUAUUUGAAGGAAGUGUUGGACCUGACUGUGAGAAUGUCCAUGCUGGAGAGCAGUCCUGACAACUACAUCAAACUGGACUUUGAGCUGCUCAGGAUUGAGCUCAGAGAGUUUGAGGCUCUAGUGUCUCAGCUCAGAGACUCCCUCAACGCAUCUUCGCCCAUGUUUGACAGUCUUUAUACUGAGAUUCGCAACAUGACCCUCAUUGUGAACCAAAUGGAGACGUUUGACAAGAGCAACCUGGUGGUGAUCCGUAUUGAGUUUGCUAAGCUGCAGAAGAAGCUGGAGGAGUGCCAGAAGGAGCAGGAUCUCAUCAAGCCAGAUAUCGGCAACUGUAAUCACACAGGAAUCAUGAGCAUCAGCAAGCCAACAGUGGUCCAAGUGAAUGCUCAUUUGAAUGCAGGUUAUCAAUAUGGGGGCUGGGGAAAAGACUCCAAACCAGUCCGAGGCUAUGAAUCAAUGUACUUCUAUGGUGCAUACAGCACUCCCUCUGUGCAUAACUUCUAUUUGUACUCGGACUAUGAAAAGCUGAUUCUUAGAUCCUCAUUCAAACAACAUGACAUACCAAACGGGUGGAAAGGUGCCGGUAACAAUUACAUUGUUCAUGGUAACACCAUUUAUUAUCAGAUCAACACACCUUUCAGUAUGAGCAAGCUGAAUCUGACCAGUUCCAAAUAUGACUACAGAGUGAUCCCAGCUGCUAGUCAAAGUUUCUCGUACAGUUACUCAGACCAUCAGAACAUGGACUUUGCAGCUGAUGAAAAUGGAUUGUGGGUAAUGUAUGCCUCAGAAGCAAGCAGAGGGAAAAUUGUCAUUGCUAAAAUAGAUGAGAAAUCGUUUGGCAUAGAGGGUGAGUGGAACACUGGUGCGUUCAAGCAGUUGGCUGGCAACGCUUUCAUGGCCUGUGGAGUCAUGUAUGCCACCAGGUCUGUGGAUCUGAACACAGAGGAGAUCUACUAUGCCUUCGACACAAAGACCAAUGAGGAGAAACACCUCAAUAUCCCCUUCCAGAAGUUCCAGGAGAAAUACAGCAACCUGCACUACAAUCCCUCUGAUCAGAAGCUCUACAUGUACAACAACGGCUACUAUGUGUCCUACAAUGUGAGGUUUAACAAAGAAUAA